AUGCACACUACCGUCUUCCACUAUCGUGCUCUUCCACUAUCGUGCUCCUCCACUACCGUGCUCCACUACCGUGCUCCUCCACUACCGUGCUCCUCCACUACAGUGCUCCUCCACUACCGUGCUCCUCCACUACUGUGCUCCACUACCGUGCUCCUCCACUACCGUGCUCCUCCACUACAGUGCUCCUCCACUACAGUGCUCCUCCACUACCGUGCUCCUCCACUACAGUGCUCCUCCACUACAGUGCUCCUCCACUACCAUGCUCCACUACCGUGCUCCUCCACUACAGUGCUCCUCCACUACAGUGCUCCUCCACUACCGUGCUCCACUACCGUGCUCCUCCACUACCGUGCUCCUCCACUACCGUGCUCCUCCACUACCGUGCUCCUCCACUAUCGUGCUCCUCCACUUCCGUGCUCCUCCACUACAGUGCUCCUCCACUACCGUGCUCCUCCACUACCGUGCUCCUCCACUACCGUGCUCCACUACCGUGCUCCUCCACUACCGUGCUCCUCCACUACCGUGCUCCUCCACUACCGUGCUCCACUACCGUGCUCCUCCACUACCGUGCUCCUCCACUACCGUGCUCCUCCACUACCGUGCUCCACUACCGUGCUCCUCCACUACAGUGCUCCUCCACUACCGUGCUCCUCCACUACAGUGCUCCUCCACUACCGUGCUCCUCCACUACCGUGCUCCUCCACUACCGUGCUCCUCCACUACAGUGCUCCUCCACUACCGUGCUCCUUCACUACCGUGUUCCUCCACUACCCUGCUCCUCCACUACAGUGCUCCUCCACUACCAUGCUCCUCCACUACCGUGCUCCUCCACUACAGUGCUCCUCCACUACCGUGCUCCUCCACUACCGUGCUCCUCCACUACCAUGCUCCACUACCGUGCUCCACUACCGUGCUCCUCCACUACAGUGCUCCUCCACUACCGUGCUCCUCCACUACCGUGCUCCACUACCGUGCUCCUCCACUACAGUGCUCCUCCACUACAGUGCUCCUCCACUACAGUGCUCCUCCACUACAGUGCUCCUCCACUACGUGCUCCUCCACUACCGUGCUCCUCCACUACCGUGCUCCUCCACUACAGUGCUCCUCCACUACCGUGCUCCACUACCGUGCUCCACUACCGUGCUCCUCCACUACAGUGCUCCUCCACUACCGUGCUCCUCCACUACAGUGCUCCUCCACUACCGUGCUCCUCCACUACAGUGCUCCUCCACUACCGUGCUCCACUACCGUGCUCCUCCACUACCGUGCUCCUCCACUAUCGUGCUCCUCCACUACCGUGCUCCUCCACUACAGUGCUCCUACACUACCGUGCUCCUCCACUACCGUGCUCCUCCACUACCGUGCUCCACUACCGUGCUCCUCCACUACCGUGCUCCUCCACUACCGUGCUCCUCCACUACCGUGCUCCUCCACUACAGUGCUCCUCCACUACCGUGCUCCACUACCGUGCUCCUCCACUACAGUGCUCCUCCACUACCGUGCUCCUCCACUACAGUGCUCCUCCACUACUGUGCUCCUCCACUACAGUGCUCCUCCACUACCGUGCUCCUCCACUACCAUGCUCCUCCACUACCGUGCUCCUCCACUACAGUGCUCCUCCACUACCGUGCUCUUCCACUACCAUGCUCCUUCACUACCGUGCUCCACUACCGUGCUCCUCCACUACAGUGCUCCUCCACUAUCGUGCUCCUCCACUACCGUGCUCCUCCACUACAGUGCUCCUCUACUACAGUGCUCCUCCGCUACAGUGCUCCACUACAGUGCUCCGCUACAGUGCUCCACUACAGUGCUCCGCUACAGUGCUCCACUACAGUGCUCCGCUACAGUGCUCCUCCACUACAGUGCUCCUCCACUAUCGUGCUCCUCCACUACCGUGCUCCUCCACUACCGUGCUCCUCCACUACAGUGCUCCUCUACUACAGUGCUCCUCCGCUACAGUGCUCCGCUACAGUGCUCCGCUACAGUGCUCCACUACAGCCUCCGACAGAUGGAGAAGCCCCGCUCGAUCCAGAGCAGGGACGGAAGGUUGCCGACGUCGACUUCGCAGUUGUAGGCACUGCGGCCACAGACACAGGCACCCCCAGCGACGAAGGUGCAGGAAGAUCAGGCUCCAGGACGGCUUAA